AUGAAUAGGGAACCCCAACCAGUUGGAGAGAGCCCGGCAUUUUGGCUCAGUGCCUGUUCAUUUCUCGAUGUCCCCGACGAUGGUGAUGAUAUCCACAACACGAUAGGGUUGAUCAGAAAUACCAACCUGUUGCAAUUCUUUCCGCCAUUCCAUAUGGCAGGUCUAUUCUUCUAUAUGCUGACAGCAAUCCUGGAUUCGUCUUUGGUCGUCAAUCACCCCGCAGCAGCAAUCACAGCCGAGCAUGUGAUAAACAUAAUAAACCAAGGAGUCACAACAUCCCUGGGUGCAGCUGACUCAAUCCUGACAGAUCUAUCCAGAACCGAAGCUGGUCUGGAAGCUCUAUCAAAACUUGACAAAGUUAUCUACGGAGGAGGGCCUCUUUCCCCUCAAACGGGUAAUAUUAUUGCACCACGGGUGAAGAAUCUGUCCAGUGCACUUGGACUGACUGAAAAUGGGCUUAUGCACUGCAUUGCAUUGAGAGGGACAAGUCAUUGGGACUGUCUGAGAUUCAACACUCGCGUCGGUUAUCGAUUCGAGGAAGUCUCGCCUGGUGUCUCCGAAUUCGUCAUCUCUCUGAGUCCCAAACACAGAGUAUUCCAUCCUGUAUCCUGGCUCUUCCCGGAUCUUGAAGAGUACCGUACACAAGAUUUCGAAUCUACAGGCACCGAGGUUCUCACGCGUACCAAAAUCACUAACCACUCGAGUGCUGAAUCAAUCAAAUCACUGGCAAAGAAGCUCUAUGCUCAACUAUUAAAUUCUGAUGAAGGCGCACCCAUGUUAGACGACGAUGAUAACGUGUUUGAAUUAGGCAUGGAUUCGUUGCAAGUUGUGGUUGCUGUGCAGAAGUUGAAGGCCGCACUUAGGUCACAGAAUCUGAGAGUCGAUACUAGCAAUAUUGGUCCGCAUUUCUUCUAUACUGCCCCGUCAAGCAAUAAACGUGCUCGGGCUAUUGAUCGGCUUAUCAAUGGAGUGAAUACGGAUAAUGAUCAUUCUGAAGAUGUUAAUGAUAAAGUCCCCAUUCGUCAAAUUUAUAUGCAGGCCAUGAUUGACAAGUAUACGACCGGUCUCGACGCUAAACUUGCACCCAAGAAGGGGCGUACUGACAACUUGACUGUCGUACUCACUGGAUCCACGGGCUCUCUAGGGAGCUAUGUUCUGCACUCGCUCAUUAAAAGCCCUCAGAUAGCCAAGGUCGUCUGCUUCAAUAGAUCUGCCGAUGCUCAAGAAAGACAGACAGCAGGCAACAAACAGAAGAAUUUACUCACACCCUGGGACUCGCCAGACACGGAGUCAAAUCCAGUCGAAUUCUUGACAGCAGACUUAUCCAAGCCCGACCUGGCCCUGAACUGGAUGCAAAAGAACCCUGGACAGAGCGUACUUGAAACUAUCAUCCAUGACCUCGAUAGUCCCGAGUUUCUUGGGUAUGGAGAAUCCAAAUACAUAUCGGAAAGAUUAGUGGAGGCUCAUAGCUUAACAUCUGGGUAUACCUCUUCUGUCAUGAGAGUUGGUCAAAUCGCGGGCCCCGUGUUGUCUACAGUCGGUAUUUGGAAUGUGCAGAAAUGGUUCCCUAGCUUACUGGCUAGUUCGAAGCAUUUGGGAUUACUUCCGGAUUCUCUGGGAACGAUGAGCAGUGUCAAUUGGGUUCCGGUUGAUGUUCUGGCUAGGAUUAUCGUACAGCUUGUUGACCAGACUUGCAAUACCCAUGCUGAAGGUGAAAAUGAUAAGAAGAUACAAACCGAGUUUGAAGUUACGAAUCUUCUGAAGGAUAGCUCGGAAGCGUCCAGCUUACGAGCUGUUUCAUCUCAUUGGAUGAAGAUAUGGCUGAAACAAUGGGCUUUUUGA